AGUUAGAUUUGCAUCGUGCGGUGAAGCAUAAGCGGCAAUGGCAUCAUCGGAAGGAGAAGAGUCUCAGCAGCCACAACUCGUCCUCGCCGACAAGCUUUUCCUCCUCAAACAACCCGAUGUUCAAGACAUUGACAAAGUUGGAUUCAAGGAGGAUGUCUUCACAUUCGUCAAGGAUCAUGAUAUGGUCCCUUUAUACGAAACCCUAGUCGCCGAUUCUGUUUUGGAUAUGGAUCGUACCCUUUUGGACUGUAUGCGUGCUAAAAUUGACGAUGAGCUUAAGAAGCUUGACGAAAAGUGA